GAACAACUGCCUUGCAGACUGUUUAUAAAGCAUACGGGAGCCGGGUGGUGCCAAAAAUGGACGGAACGACCUUUCUCGAAUUUACCGGAAGAGCUGCGGCGAGGGACGUGCGCGCUCCCGCGCCCGGGCACGACGUCGGAAGUCCAGUCGUCCCCAUCCGUGUACCGUUUCCGGUAGCACACAGCAGCCACCGUUGAAUGAGAGCGGGCUCCGUCGCAGCUGCCUAAAAAUGAACACGGUCCUGUCCAGAGCCAACUCGCUGUUCGCGUUUUCCCUGAGCGUCAUGGCGGCGCUGACGUUCGGCUGCUUCAUCACCACCGCCUUCAAAGACAGACGAGUCCCCGUGGACAUCCGCGUCUCCAAAGUUAUGCUGAAGAACGUGGAUGACUUCACCGGCCCCAGAGAGCGCAGCGACCUGGGUUUCAUCACCUUUGACGUGUCGGCUGAUAUCCUUCACAGGCCCGUCUUUGACUGGAACGUCAAACAGCUAUUUCUCUACCUGUCGGCCGAGUACGCCACCAAGAGCAACGCUCUGAACCAGGUGGUGCUGUGGGACAAGAUCGUCCUCCGUGGAGAAAACACCAAGCUCAACCUCAGAGACAUGAAAUCCAAAUACUUCUUCUUCGACGACGGGAACGGACUCAGGGCCAAUAAGAACAUCACUCUGACGCUGUCCUGGAACGUGGUUCCCAACGCGGGGAUCCUCCCGCUGGUGGCCGGGCGCGGAUACGUCAGCCUGCCUUUCCCCGACUCGUACGAGGUCGCCAGGAGCUAUUAGACACAGGAAGCCAGAUGGAUGUAAAUGUUAUUUGUAAUAAAAAUAAAAAAUGGAA